CCACACUGAAGGCAAGAGAAGUUGGGUUUAAAUUUCCCAAGCAACCCGAGCUUGACCACAUCUUCUCUCUUUUAACUGGAGCUGCUCAUUUCAGUUACAAACCCAAGAUGGAAGGUGUCCUCUGUCCUCCUGUGGAUCGCAUCUGCCUGGCCUUGCUGUUUGCCCUCAGGCUGGUUGGUGCCAGGCGUCCCCUCCUGUCCCAAGCCACCUCUCUCGGCCAUGGCCUCACCCCAGUUUCUCUCACUGGACAGAAGAAGCUGGGAAUUGAACUGAUGAAGCUUUGGGGAAGCCUGGCUGCUCCAGGCAGCAUGUCCAGGCUGCUCCGGGCUCGCUGAAGCAUCCAUCAGCUGUGGCACCCUGCCUGGGCUGCUGUGGGACCUCCCUGCCUGCCUGCACAUGAAGGCAGUGGGCAGCAAUCAUUCUCCAGCAUUGCAAAUGCCAAGCAGGGCUGAAGCUCAGCUGUACAGAGGUGGCUCCAUGCCACUAAGCUGUGCCACAGAGCUGCCGCAAGCUGUCAGUAAUCUAAUUUAUUAAGGGCUUUGAAUCCUUACAAAGAUUAUGCUGGAUACAUGCAAAGCAUCUGCAUUAUCACUGUGAUUAGGGCAGCAGAGGUGGAGGAAAGGGGAAGGAGGGAAAAUACAAUUUCUCCAGUUUCAGCAGAAAAUAAAUCAACUUUUGCAGAGAGUUCUGGCACAGCCAAAGGCUGUGCUAUCAUUAAAAAUGAUUUUUUAUUAAGCUGAACUCUCUCCUCUCUCAUAUUGUGUGAUAUGACAGCUCUCUUUUGAUGGGAAAGCUUUCAUUUGCCCAGAGAAAGGGAUAAUUUGCUUCUUUUAAGGAGUUAAUCCUCUGGUCCAUUUCUGAGCUGGGAACAGCUAUCCUCCCCCUUCCUUGGAUCGGAGGCUGCAGCACAAUGGAGAUCAUAACCACCUCAAAUCUACACCCGAGAUGGAGAAAUCAGAUUUCCUUUUCCAGUCAUUUUUGUGGGAUUAGCUAAAUCUUAGAUCCACACUAACCCUUCACAAAGCUGCCAAGAUUAGUUAGAAUUUAUUUUAUUCACAGGGGGGUUUAUGGUUUUCUUUCCAAAGGGAUUAUAUCUCUCUCUAUAUAUAUAAAUUUAGGGUGGCUUCAGUCAUAAAGCAGCUGGGAUAGAAGGAGAAAAAGUGUGUGUCUGUAUAAAAUAAAAUCUCAGCUGUGAGAGUGACAGACACUUGAAAUGCCAAGACAAAGCAGCGAUUCCGGAUGUCUUUGCCACUCCAUUUCAAAAGCUAUGUAAGCUGUGUUUUGGCUUGUGAGACCCCACUGUGGAGUCAGAACACAGAGGGCAAAUCCCUUCAGCCUGAGCUCUCCAUUCCUGUGGCCACUGCUGCUGGCAGAAGAUGUCUUCAGAGCCAGGGUCAGAUGCCAGCACCGACAAGAGAGGCGUAAAGAAGCCGUGUUCAUUCAGCAUCGAGGACAUCCUCUCCAGCCCAGCAGAGAAGAGGCCCCAGGUCCUGGUCCCGCUGUGCCUCCGGAGCAUCUUGGACUGCACACCCAUGGGUCUGUGUGAGCUGGAGACCAUCCCAGCCAGCUCCCUGCAGGAGGAGGAGGAGGAAGAAGAAGAGGAAGAGCUGGAAGGAGCAGGCUGCAACUGCUGCUGCUGUUCUCACACGAGCACCCGUUCCCUGCAGGACUCCCCAAGCUGGCUGGACACCCGGUUCCCCUGGCCCAUGCAGCUCUUCCACUCAGCAGCCAGGGUCUGUAAGAGUCCCCAGGGGAACCCAGCCGAGCUGCAGAGUUGCCACCAGAUCCAGCGCCGGACGCGCCGGCACCGCACCAUAUUCACCGAGGAGCAGCUGCAGGCUCUGGAGACGCUGUUCCAUCAGAACCAGUACCCGGACGUCAUCACCCGCGAGCACCUCGCAAACCGCAUUCACCUGAAGGAGGAGAGGGUAGAGGUGUGGUUUAAAAACCGUCGGGCCAAGUGGCGGCAUCAGAAGAGGGCGUCCGCCUCGGCACUGGUCCUUCAAGGCACCAGGAAGUCCCCCGAGGAGAGCUGUUAGCGGUCACAGGCUGCAUCUCAGCAGCUGCACGCCCAGCGCACCCAUUUCCCAUAGCUGACAGGUUCUGUAGGGGGUGACCCGAGGGGGGACUAAUGAGGCAAAAGGGAAUCUGUGAUUCCCAGAGGAUGAGGGCAGCUGAAAGCAGACACGGCACAUUCACAUCCAAGGUUCU